AUGCCUCUCUGGCAAAUCUACCACCCGCCCACCACCUUCACCACCCCCGCCUCGCGCGCCCCCCUCGCCGCCGCCCUAACCGCCCUCUACACGGCCAUCGGCCUCCCUGCCUUCUACGUCGUCGUGCUCUUCCACCCGCUCCCCGACGCUGACACCUACGUCGGCGGCGUCGCCGGCGCCGACCUCGCGCGCCCUUUCAUCCGCCUCGUGGGCAACCACGUUGCGGUCAAGAUGCCGGACGAGGACGCGUAUUACGCGCAGUUCUGUGGGCGGUUGAAUGAGGCGCUGAAACCGCAUAUUGAGGAUAAGGGAUAUGAUUGGGAGUAUCAUGUUGAUGAGACGGAGCGGCGGUUGUGGCGCAUACAGGGGUUGUAUCCGCCGCCGCAUGGGAGUGAGGAGGAGAAGGGGUGGGUGCAGGAGAAUAAGGCGAGUGUGUGGGAGGAGAUGAAGGUGUAGAGGGUGAUGAGACGAGAGGAGAUGAAAUGAGAGUUGGGGGAAGAAGCUGUUAGGAGAUAGUAGGAGGAGAUAUUAGGGGAAAAUGUUACGUGGAGAAGGUAGGCGGAGAUGGGGGGUAGCCCGAGGAGUUCAGGCAGACGUUCAUUCACGAGUUUGAUUAGAAAAUAUACACGUUUUGUG